GUUGGCUACUCUGCGCGUUUCAAGUCGCGCGGCGCUGCCAUCUUGUAUCAUAAAGAUUUCGCUUGGCGCUUUCCUGUCUUGGUUGUUCUCUCGUUGUAGUUGUGAUAGUGUGGUACACGUUUCAAAAUGGGCGGUGGUAAAGCGGGUAAAGAUUCUGGUAAAGCCAAGGCGAAAGCUGUCUCAAGAUCAGCUAGAGCAGGACUUCAGUUUCCCGUUGGAAGAAUUCAUAGGCAUCUUAAGAAUAGGACAACAAGCCACGGGCGCGUAGGAGCUACGGCAGCAGUUUAUUCUGCCGCUAUUUUGGAAUAUCUUACAGCAGAGGUUUUGGAGUUGGCGGGAAAUGCGUCUAAAGAUUUAAAAGUGAAGCGUAUUACUCCUCGGCACUUACAACUUGCUAUUAGAGGAGAUGAAGAAUUGGACAGCCUCAUAAAAGCAACUAUCGCUGGCGGAGGCGUCAUCCCACACAUACACAAAUCUCUCAUUGGAAAGAAAGGCGGUCCUGGUGCACCCGUUUAAUUUUAAGUUAUGAGAUGACAAAAUUAUACUGCAUUUGAUACCGGCCGUCGUAACACACCUGCACAAAUCAUCUCCCAGAUUGGUUAACAUAGUUUUCUAUUAAAAUAAUAUUAGUGAAGUGGACAGUGGUGUGACUGGAACUGUUGGUCCGGACUAAAUAUGUAGCUAUAAGUAAUAGAAAUAUGUAGAGAAUAAGGAGAUUUAAAAUAUGAUUGUAUUAGAAUUAAGGAUAAUUUCUGUUUGUUCAUGGGACAUUUAAAGUUUUGAAUGUAACUGGUGGGAUAUGCAUAGCAGUGUCGUUGUAGUUCACUGCACGGACCUCUACCUUAUCUUAACUGACUGCUAUACAAUUUGAGCUCUAAGCUGAUGUAAUAGUUUGCGACAUUUUGUAAUUUUUUUAAGUGACAUUGUUUUAGAAAGUUCAUGUUGGAUAUUGUAAUUUGGUAUGAUUGAACUGUUAAAAGUUGUAAGAAAUGUAUUUUGAUCUUUGAAAUAUAUUGAGAAAUUGCUGUCGUUUGUUUAUUCUUGAUA